AUGGCCAUUCGAAAGAAUCCCGAUGCCAAGGAGUUCGUCAUGGAUCACCAAUUGAACCCUAAAAAGAACUACGAUGCCCCUCUGACAACCUUCUCCGGAAGGGUGCAUCACAUGGCAAAAGCACGUGUAGAGGGCGAGACUCUCUUGCCUGCCCAUGUCGUGGCAGAGGAAAAGAUGGAGAUUCAGUGA